CACAUGCGCGGUACCCUUUUGCCAGUUUAAAAUCCCGGAUGUCAGUAGGCGCCGGGGUACCGGUGCAGUGUGGGGAAAAGGUGUCAGUCCGGCGGUGCAGGUCCGGUGUCCGGGCAGACUAUGCGGGCGGGGUGUGUGUGAGCUCCGGACAUGGCGUCUCCUGAGGUGUUAGAGGAGUUCAGCUCCGGGGAGGCCUGUUCAGGGGGGUGCGGGGAUCUCGGGGACUUCCUGCUGGAGGGGGAGGAGCUGAGCGCUAACUUCGAGCAGGCCGCCAGACACGCCCAGAACCUGGCCCAUGUGGCCACCACCGAGCAACUCCUCUACCUGUAUGCCAGGUACAAGCAGGUGAAGGUUGGAAAGUGCAAUACUUCGAAGCCAGGUUUCUUUGAUUAUGAAGGCAAACGCAAAUGGGACGCAUGGAAGUCAUUGGGCGAUUACAGUCAGCAGCUGGCAAUGCGUGAAUAUAUAGAGACUAUAAAAAAGCUUGAUCCAGACUGGAGCCCAAAGUCAUAUGAGGAUCCUGGUGAAGAGCACAAGGCCGGCUUUGGUGGAAGAGUGGUCAGCUGCCUCUACCAGGCACAGGAAACACUUAGGGAUGAGGAUAAAGACAUCUUUGACUACUGCCGGGAGAAUGACGUUGCACAUAUAUCACAGGCCCUGGCUACAGGGGCAAUUGAUGUGAAUAUGGCAGAUGAUGAGGGUCGCUGCCUUCUCCACUGGGCCUGUGACAGAGGACAUACAGAGCUAGUGUCUAAACUUCUCUUCCAUAAUGCUCACAUAAACUUGCAGGAUUCAGAAGGGCAGACACCUCUGCAUUAUGCCGCUGCUUGUGAGUUUGCCGAAAUAGUAGACCUUCUCCUGGAUCAUGGUGCUGACCCUUCUCUUGUGGACAAUGACGGAUUUCAGCCACACGAGGCAACAGACAGCAAGCCAAUUUCAGAUAUGCUAAAGCAACAUGCCACAUUCGGGGAACAUGACAAGCCCCCAAGCCUUGAAAUUCCAAAAUAAAGCUGACAUGCAAGUCUAUACUCUGCCGUAGUUUCUAGUGUGAUGUUUUUAUUGCUCAGUAUGAACCUUAUGUGUCUGACCUGUCAAUGGUCUCCAUUCAUAUUUGGUCUGUAUUACUUUUAUACAUUCAGGAUCAAAUAAUGAAUAUUAAAGGAAGUGUCUUCAAAACUA